AUGCUGAGAAGGUACAAUUCUAGAAAUUUGGAUACAAUUUUCCUGAAAACCCGGAGAACGACUAUUGGAAGUGCUCCGACCUGUGAUGUGGUGCUCAAGGGAAAAGGAAUAGCCCAAAUUCAUGCUUCAAUAGAAUCCAACUCAACUGGGUAUGUGCUCAAAGAGCACUCACUGUCAGGAAUCACCAGAGUCAAUGAUAGACCAGUUUUUGGGCAGGUAGAAAUCCACAGCGGAGACCUCAUCCAGGUGGGUGGGUCCCCACCGUUUGUAUUUGACAGUGAAUGGAUGUUCGGCACGAGACCCAACUCGGCGAAAAUGAUUGCAAAGCGGAAUGCACCGUUGGAAAAUGCUCCGGAGACGAUUCCAGAGCAGCAGCAGCAGCCGAUUUUGCCGAUGAUUUCUGGGAAAAAGCUCCACCAACUCUCCCAAUCUCAACAGCCGAGUUUCUCCGAUUCAUCUGUCAAAAAACGCUCGAGUUCUAUGAAAAUCGCCCGUGAAUCGUCGGCGUCGUCUACCGAGUCACAACGUGGAAUCUACAGUAACCAACAGAGAUCGAUAGGAAAUAAUUUGUUACAACGAGUUGUGAAGUUGCAGGCAGAAUUGAUGGCAAAGGACGAAAAAAUCCGCCAGCUAACCUCCAUCAAUCCAUUCUCCGCCUCCAAUCUUCUUUACUACCAUCAACCUCAUCAUGCCCCGCCCUUCCAAGCUCCGCCCCUUUUCUCCCAUCAAGCCCCGCCUCCUCUACAAGCCACUCCCCUUACCAGCUCAAAUCGUCAGAAAUCAACAAAAUCCUUCGAAUUAUUUGCCUAUCGAGCAUUUAUCGGAGCAAUCACCUCACAACUCCGACAGUUCAAUGAUCGGGUCCUCCGGCACCCACAACGAGACAGUGCGGAGCUUUUUAAUCUAAUGUGCAGAGCUGUUGAUGUGCCAUUGGCUAGUAGGAUUACGGAAAUCGAAAAAUAUUGUGAAGCUGUACUAAUCGAUAACGAUUUUGAAGAUACUGAUGAGCUUUUGAACAAAAUUGAAGGAUUUAUCAGAGAAUCCCGCCGGGAGAAAAUUCUGGAGCUCACAAAUGAGCUGGAAGUCCUGAUGCCACUAAUAAGGGACGCCGCGUCGAAUGCCAGAGAAAAUAUCAAAGUUUGCAACGUUUUCACACAAUGGAGCAGACAGUUUGGGGAUCUCCUACGGAAGAACAGCUUCUCCGCCACCACCCUGUUCCAGGCAAUUGAAGAUUUGAAAACUCAAUUUUCUGAAGCUCAUAUGUCCCGUCACUGGCUGCCACCAAGUAUAACCCCGAUCCUCCGCCUCGCAGCUUUAGAGCUCGAGAAACGGAAUGGUGACGUCACGCCGUCCACUUCACCCCGCCCGCCGGCAAUAUUGGAUCGUAAAAAAUCAAUUGAUAUGACGCUGGACACGUGUAUUUCACAAGUUGAGACAAUCACUCAUGAGAUGGAUUAUCAUGUUGUUAGGCUUAUCAAUAAGGCAAAGGAUUAUAGUUCAUUCCAACCACUGGACUUGGAUACAGUAACCCGGAUCUCUAAACUAGUAGAGUCGCUGAAAACCAAUUUGGACCAACUCACGGAGCACAGUUUCAAGGAAGACCGUCCGAAUUCCGUGCUCUUCUUCGAAAUCACGCAUGAUGAUUUGAAGAGUUCAAUCAAAAAGUACAGUGACGCGGAGGGCUCGAUGAGCUCACUAGGCUCUGUGAAAAAAAUUUCCGUGGCGCCGAAAAUAUCCGAAAUUGUUGAGGAAGAAGAUGUGGAAAUUUUGGAGGAACGGAAACACGUGGAAGGAGAAAUUAUGCGGAUUAUUGGGGAGAUUGGAGAGAAAAUCGAUUUUUCUGGGCUCACGGAGCCCAGUAGAGCCGAGGGAAUGAUCAAGGUGGAUGCAAGUGUUUUGAAGAUGCUAAUCCAGCAGUCCCAGCGGCUUUUGGGCUCCUAUGAAGCUUUGGAGUCAGAAAGAGAAAAAGCUCGCCGAAAACGAUCGGCUCCACCAAUGAUUCUUGUAGAGAAUUUGGAAAAUUCUGAGCAUUUGGAGCAUUCAGAAGCUCCAAUUUGUGCAAAACCAGCUCAAAAUCCGGAAAUAGACCUCCCAGAGGUCCCAAGUUUGGAUCUGGAAGAGACCACGGAAAAUCCGGAAAUUCCAGAAAUUUCUACACCACGAGAAGAAGAUUCGGCUGAAAAUUUGGAAAAUUUGGUUGAAAAUUCGGAAAAGUCUGAAAUUUUGGAAGAUUUGGAAGAAAAUUCCAAAAAUUUGACUGAAAAUUCUGAAAAGCCUGGAAUUUUGGAAGAUUUGGCUGAAAAUCCAGAUCUUGAAGCUUCUAACCCAGAAUUUGACGCCGAAAACGAUGAAGAACAUGCCAAAAUUGUGCAGAGCACGGAAAAUGCACAAAAUUUAACUGAAAAUGAUGAAAAAUCUGAAAAUCACGAGCAUUUGCCAGAGAAACCUGGAAAUCGAUCAGAUUUGGCUGAAAAUUCAGAUCUUGAAGCUUCCAAGCCAGAAUUUUACGCUGAAAACGAUGAAAAACACGCUGAACUUGUGCAGAGCACGAAAAAUGCACAAAAUUUGGCUGAAAAUGGAGAAGAACCCGAAAAUCCAGAAGCUUUGGCUGAAAAUGCUGAUGAAAACCCGGAAAACCUAGAAUCACAAGCUUCUCAGGCAGAUUUUUUGAGCAACACAGACGGAAAUGCUCAAAAUUUAGUUGAAAAUCCGGAAAUUUCAGACUUUCUAGUUGAAAAUCAAGAAGAAACUGAAGAAAAGGUGUCUGAAGCAGCUGAAAAAGCAGAAAAUCCGAUGAAAUUGGCGGAAAUUGACGAAAAUUCGGAAAAUCUCGAUAUUUCGGCAGCUGAAAAUGCUGAAAACGCUGAAAAUCAUGUUACAGCUGUAGCGGAAUCGGAAAAUUCAGAAAAUUUCAGUUCGGAAUCGGAAAACCCGGCUGAAAACGACGAAAACCCGGAAAUUUCGAAAAUUAUGACGUCAUCACCGCCGGGCACUCCCGAAUCCGAGCCAAUCGCCGAUGAUAGUGAAAGUGAGGACGAGAAGAGCACAAUUCGAUAUAUUCCGUCGAAAAAUUCGGAAUCUCUGCAAAAUUCCAUGGAUAGUAGUGACGUCAUCGAAGAGGAGGAGGUGAAGCUGGUGCCGAAUGGUGACGUGGUACAAGCCGCCGCAGAGGACAGAAUGUCAAGUCAUUUGAAAUCACAUGUGAAUACGGCUUCAGGAAAACCUCAUAUCACUUAUCAGUAUCCAAUCCGCCGUUACUUCUCACCACCAAUGAAACGCCGCUCGAAAAGUGAAGAUCAAAAAAUUCGGGAGACUCUGCGAAAUCGGCCGCCUUUUAUACUUUAUUGAUUGAUUUUUUAUAGGUUAUUUUAUCGAUUUUUCUGUGUUUUUUAAUUUCUUUCAUGUCGGAUAUAUACAAAAAUAAAGCAAUAAUUGAAUUAAUUAAAUUAUUUUUUGUAGA